AUGGCGGGUGUUGAUCUUAGCAGCCUAUUCAACUCCAGCAAGUGGAGCGACCUGACGAUCGAGGCGUCCGGGAAGGUCUUUCGCGGUCACCGGUGUGUUGUGUUUAGCCAGUGCGAUGAAUGGCGAAAGUUGCCUCUGGUCAACGGACGUCUCGUCCUCACUGGAGGAUACACCACCAUGGCGAUUCUCAAGUACAUGUACACCGGUGCCUACAAGCCCUUCAGCAUUCCCUGCGUCAACACAAAAAUACCAGAGAGACUCCAGGUAAACGCGGAAGGUCCGACCCAUGAACUCGACUGCAGCGAUCAUGGUAUGUUCCUUACCGUCUGCGUCUUGGUCCGAGCAAGGACGUACAACAUGGCCAAACUCUACGACCAAGCCAAAACCGCACUUUUAACCAUCGCGCCUAACCACACCGACCAUGCAGACUUUCUCGACACCGUCCACUACAUACUUGACAACUUUCGGAAUGAGGAGGGACUGCAGGUUGCUCUGCGAAUGAUUAUGCCGCAGUAUGAAACGAACGCUGGCCUGCGUAGCAGACUCAAGGAUCUCCUGCUCAUCCACCCCCACCUUGCUUGCGCCCUUCUUGAGCACACGACUGAGGAGUUGCGUUUGAUCAAGAGGGAGAAGAGCUUGACUCAGCUUAUGAGCAAGAUCGAACCCGGCGAAAAUUUCGGAGUGGACUCACCGCAGAGCACACCUCCGCGAACUGUGCGCGUGACUUCCGCGAAGCGAAAGGGCGACGAUGGUGAGAUGCCCGAAAUCAAGCGUCUCAGAGAAAGCAUUGAGGAAUAG